AUGCAGCUCCUGGUGGUCUUAGCAGCUCUCAUGGGGGUUCUGAUCAGUGUAAGAGCAGCGGCCGUGCUUCCGUUGGAGGAUAGGAGCCCCGUCCAUUUGACCAGGGAGCUGAGCAAAGAGCGUAAAGAGCUGAUCCUAAAGCUGGUGUCUGGUCUGUUGGACGGAGCUCUGGACUCCAACACGUUGCCAGGUGAAGCGGCCCCUGUCGACCUUGAGGAGCCCCUGGAGUCUCGCCUGGAGGAGAGGGCUGUCUAUAACAGGUUAUCAAUACCGCAGCGUGACCGCAAAGCCCCUUGUAAAAACUUCUUCUGGAAAACCUUCACCUCCUGCUAACAGUGUCCACCCCCUCCAAAAAAAAAAACAACAUCCUGGCUCUGCCUGCCUCUGGUCCUCCUCCUUCCCCAUCACUUCCCUCAGCUCAACAUGAACUGUAGUCGAU